AGAUAAGACAUGCCCAUCGAACACGUGUCAAAUGGAAAUCGUCUAGUCUUCCACCAAAUUCACCAAUUCUCUUUCCCUCUUUCUGUUUAUAGAUAUAAGAUACACUGUUAUCUUCUCCGAUCCGGAAUCUUGCUUAAUUUGUAACUGAGACACUAGAGAGACAAAAACAACUAACGGAACAGAGAGAGCUAUUAGGGCUUUGAAUGGGGAGAAAGAAAGUGGUGCUGAAGCGGAUCGAGGACAAGAGCAGUCGCCAGGUGACCUUCUCGAAAAGGCGGAACGGGUUGAUGAAGAAGGCUCGCGAGCUCUCCAUUCUCUGCGACGUCCAGGUCGGCCUCAUCGUCUUCUCUAGCCGUGGCAAGCUCUACGAGUUCUGUAGCGGCAACAGCUUGGCCAAGAUCCUUGAGCGUCAUUGGAGUCGCUUUAAAGAGGAAACAAAGGCGUCUAGCGGUCUUAGUGAGAUAGAAAGCUACCAACCAGAAUAUGCAAGUCAACAAUCACAAGUGGAGCUACUAAAACUAGUACAACAGGAGCUCAAAGGGCCAAAUAUGGAGCAGUUGAGUGUGACUGACCUUGCGCAACUGGAGAAAAAGCUUAAUGCUGCGCUCAUGUACACGAGAACUAGAAAGACACAGCUGAUGAUGGAGUCCAUAAUUAGCCUUCAUGAAAAGGAAAGGAUGCUAAGAGAAGAAAACGAGCUAUUAGAGAGGGAGAUUGCAGCGAUGAGGAAUAGUGAAGGCAGAACUGAGGUGUUGAUAGGGUUAAGUAUGCAUGAAAACAGUCCCUCGCCUCAUCCUCCGCAACCAGCAACACUUAGUUUGCUUCCAUAGCAGGUUAGAGAUGGCAUUGCAUGUAUGCUCAAAAGCUGCUUCACACAUAAGCUGCAGUGACAAAGGGAGCUUCUGAUACUUUACUGGUCACCUUUUGAACAUUUGAGUGCAUGAAAUAGCCUACCAUAGUGUACCAUGUACCAUUUAAAAAGAUUGUUUCUAAGUGUGUCUCCAUUGCUCUUGAGCUAUUCAUAAUCUUGUGUGCUAGCUGGUUAUUUAUAAAGACAAUAAAAUAUUGCGAAGAUGCCAUUUGUAGUU